AUGAAACUCAUCGAGACUGCACUCGUCGCCACUGCCCUUGUGGCAUCUUAUUCAUUUCCUUCAGAAGCUCUGAAGGUCGGAGGGAUUCCCCAGCAACACCUGCAACCCGCGGCGGCCUUUGCCGAAGUGCAAGCGCAAGAGCAGGCGCUGCAGCAGAUACGGGACGCCAUCGCGAAAAUAUCUUCAAGUAGUUCAGAUGAUCCAGAAGACGCGGAUGGAGAGAGCACCAUGCAACGCCAGCUCUUGGUGGCGAUCACCCCUGCAAUGCGCACCCUCAUGAGGUCGUUAGCAAUGUCCAUUGCUCCCCAGCUCAAGGAUGAGUGCGACAAGAUCGUCGCAGACCUUACGGCAGCGGCAGGUGGUGAUCUUGAUGAAGAUCUAGGCCUAGGCGACUUCUCCUUCCAGCAGCAACAGCAGCGGCAGAAGGUAACUGCCCAGAGUUUCUGGGAUACCGUGAAGAAGAACCUGGGCAAAGUUGCAACCCUCGCCGCUCCCCUUGUCGCGAGUUUGGCGGAGAAGUUGGGACCCAUGGUGGAAAAGCUUGGCAAAAAAGCUGCACCCGUUUUCGCAACGCACAUCGCCAGCCUGAUGCACGAAGCCUGUCUCAUAGCCGAGCAGGAGGCAGGGGUGGAACCCGUCGAAGCAGUGUAA